AUGAGUCGUAGCUUUCGUUUGGAGGAGCAGUCCUCUCUCUUUCUUCGUGAUAACUCUUUGGGGCCAAGCUUUGAAACAGCAGCAACCGAAUUUAGGUAUCCAUCAGGCGAAGUUGAACCAAGGUCUGAAGGAUAUGAUGAAUACUUCGAUCCACCGUUGGAAGGGAAGUAUGAAUGCCCUAUCUGUCUUCUGGGGUUGCGAGAGCCAGUGCAGACAAGCUGUGGUCACAGGUUCUGUAGAGGCUGUAUUGUACGGUCCAUACGGUAAGGUCUAUCAGAGUUUGACAAAUAUAUCCUGGACGCCUUAAGUUGAAAUUAUUGAGCCCUCCUCUAUGACUAACACGAGGUCGAGCUUUGUUGGAUCCGAUACCCAACAAUUUCAGCAAUGAUGCCGUUUCUUGCUUUAAGUCGCGGUCAAUUCAGCAAACUUGUCUUGUACCUUGUGGCACCUCCAUAAGCACCUAAUCCAUUUUGAAAACUUUCAAAUAAACGCCUUUCUCCAACCAUGAACUGCAAGAGUUGCUUGCAGUUCCGCUCAGGGCGUAUCAUUCGACUCAAAUUUAUAGGUUCUCUUAAUAAUAUUCUCAUCAUAGUGGUUCAACUUAAAAAGGUGUCUUUCUAACGCAUGCGUAUGUGUGUCUUAUUUGUUCUGAUGUAUGGAAUUGGUGUGGAAGGUUUGAAUGUAAUAAGUACAUGAACCUGGAGGAGCAAUGUGGCUGUUGUUGCAUAUUAAUCCACCAGUCUAUUAAUAAGGGAUGCCAGUUAUGUAUCUCACAACAGUGACGACAUUAAGUGGUGUUAACCAGGUCUGAUUGAGCAACUGUAACUAGGAAAUUCAGUUAUACAGAAAUGAAUAAAGACAGACAAGAAUAUUUGAAGCAAUUGGAAAAGUUUUGAUGUAUUUUUUUUCUUUUUUAAAUUUAGGUUGGGAAAUUUCCCUAGAAAAUGAAAGAGCUGAUAUUUUGUUUUCAUUUUCAGUGGUAUCAGGGAAAAAAUUUGUUCUAUUUUGUUUGUAUGAUAAAUACACUUCCUGCUAAGUCUCAAUAUUGUUCAUCAUGAUGAAAUAUUUACUAAGGGAAUUAACCAGGAGACAAUUUGGUAGGGGGUUCCUGAAAAUUGUCCCAUAGAAUGAAAGUAGUACCACAUUAUUUUGACACAACCAUUGAAUAGUUAAGAAGAGUGCUGAAGAGGUAAUAUUUAUCUUACUUCUGAAUUAAUAAAUAUACAGUAAUGAGACACUGCUGCACAGAGUAAUGAAGCAAACUUCAGUGCAAUGUUGUACUUAGAAGAGAAAUAGUUUUCAUUUGUUUUGAAAAUCACUGACAACUACAAGCCAGGUAAAAGUAAGAUCAGAUUUUUAGCAAUUCAGUUACUUUUGAUUAUUGUAUCUAGUUUGUUAUAAAGUAGAUACAUUUUGAUUUUUUUUAUUUUUAGUACAUACAGACAUCGAGUUAAGAUAUUGUUGUUCAAUAAUUAAUUUGGUAUUCUCUUUAAUGACGUUGUUUUUCAUUACCAUUAUUAGGGAUGCUGGUCCCAAAUGUCCUGUAGAUAAUGAGCCUCUAAGGGAAUCACAGGUUUGUAUAAGUAUUUUGAAUUAUUGUUGCCAUGAUAUAAGUGCAGUAAAUGGUUAUCCUGUUCAAAAGUUUGGACCAUGCAUACUAUGGUUAGCCAAGGUUGCUUUAGCAGUUGAAAUAUUGGUCAGAAGUUGAUUGAUGCAUUAAUUGAUGGUUGGUCAGAAGGGGAUCCCAUAGUUGGCUGAUGAUUUUAUCAAUGCUCUAACAGUGCUUGAUUAACAUCCUUAUGGUCUGCUUAGAUCUCAACCAAGAUACUAAGGAUGAUUGGUUGAAUGUCAAUUGCCUAUUAUUAAAACUGGGGUAAUUGUGCAGGGCAACUCCCUGAAAAACAAAAACUAUUAUUUCACUCAGACUUGCUGAAUUUGAAAUUAUUGUAACCAACUUUGCACUCUGUGCCUUGUUGGUUAUUUAUCACCUAAUAUUCAGCACAGCCUCAACAAAUACUUGUUAAUAAGUAUACCAACAAUGGACUGUUGGUGGUCAGCAGUCAGGCAAGAUGGCAGAUGUGUUAAUUGAUGUCUCUGAAUUUUGUGGAAUUUUUCUCAAAAUUUUGUUGAAUCUUAUGUGUUAGUCCAUUUCUCUUUGUGCCAUAUGCAAUGCCAAACCUGACAACAGAAAAUCCUGAAAAGAGUCUUGAUGAUAAACUGUGUCUACUUAGUGAGCAGUUUAAACAAGGAUUGGAGUCAAUCUUUUUGCUUAAUAAAAAUAUAAAAAACAUCCAAGAGACUCUGACAAAGCUUGAGAAAGAUAAAAUGGCCCUGUUGGAAGAAAAUGCAAGCCUUGAAGCUCAAUCAUCGAGUACUGCCAAUGAUUUAAAGCAAGUUAAAAAGUCUCUUAAUGACUCAGAGCAGUAUAUCAGGAGAUAGUGUGCAGAAAUUUAUGGCAUCCCUCUUUCUGAGAAACCCUCCAAGGAAGACACUAAUGACAUCAUAAUUCAGUUAAGCAAGAAAAUUGGUGUUCCAGUGGAAAGGAAUGAUAUCUCAGUUAGCCAUCAAAUACCAAGUGCAAGAGGCUCCGUAGAUCCUGCUGUUAUUGUCAAGUUUGUGAGGUGUGAGGUAAGAGAAAAUUUAUAUUAUGCAAGGAAAAAAGGCUGAAAUCUGUCUCUACGACUGGUCUUGGUUUCUCUGAGGCUAAGAGGAUCUACAUUAACGAAAGUCUAAAGCAGAAGAACAAGGAACUGUUUAAAGACUGCUUGAAAUCCAAGAAACAUCACAGCAACAAGUUCCUCUGGACCAAUGCUGGAAAGAUUUUCUUGAAAAGAAAUGCUGACUCCUAGGUGAUACCUGUCAACUCUUCAGCUGAUAUUCCAUGUUCUCAAGAGAUAAGUGCAAAUGAAACCUGUUUGAAUUGUAGAAGGUGUCCUGGUGGAGUCUCUUCCUCUGAUAGCCCCAGUUAUCCAUCCUGCUAUGCCUCAUUAACUGGACUAGAUGUAACUUCUUCCAUUAGCAAUGUAGAUUAUCUUUCUAAUUCAGAUGCUGACCUCCAUAUGCCCUCUGACCUAAAUUUUGAUUAUUUUACUAUGAACGACUUUCAUUUGAAUCAAGAUAUUUUGAAUUGUCUGUCUGGUAAUUAUCUCUCCUUCUUAAACUGCAAUAUUAGAAGCUUGCAGGGCAAUUUUGAUAACCUGGUUAAUAUGCUAUCUGAGUUAAGUUGUCCUAUAUCUAUAACGGGUAACUGUGACAAAGUUAAAGAAUGACCAAGAAGUUUUACUCUAUUAAUAUCACAGGUUACAGCUUUUUGUCACAACCAAGUUGUACCAAUACAGGAGGAGUUGGCUUUUACGUAAAGAAUAAUCUUGGAUACAUUAAUUGUUCAGAUCUCUUAGCACAAGCCCAAAAUGACUAUGAAUCAGUAUGGGUCAAAAUUCAAGAUGAUACAGGGCACAGUACCAUUCAUGAGGUUUUUUAUAGAGACCCCUAUGGCAAUUUACAUAACUUCCAAAAUCAUAUUAACAUGAUAUUUAAAAUGAUUCGUUGUGAAAACAAAUAUUGUAUAUAAUUAGGAGAUUUUAACUUAGAUCUCCUCAAGUUUGAAUCACAUCCUAGUGCAGAGAAUGUCCUAAAUACUUUGGGCAUAUUUUAUUUUCAAUCUCAAAUCUUGUAGCCAACUACAGUAACAGAUCACUCAGCAACUCUCUUUGACAAUAUUUUAUUUAAUUCCCUUGAGCACUUUUCCAUCGGUGAAAAUUUUUGUUAUGAUUCAUCUGACCAUCUACCAAAUUUUCUCAUUGUAAAUAGACUAUCCUCUCCACCAGUGAACAUUAUGGUUUUUGACAAGAUUAUUCAAAUUUUGAUAAGCAAGCCCUGAUUACUGACAUUCAAUCAAUAAACUGGGAUGAUUUAAUUGAGGUGGUUUUGAACCAAGCAGUAUGUUUGAUAGUUUCUACAAUAAGAUAUCUGAGGUUAUUGAUAUACAUAAAUCCAUCAAGCAAUUAUCUAAACAAGAAUUAAAAGUAGAUCCAAACCAUGGUUAACCUCUGAAAUCAGGACCUCUAUUAGAAUAAAGAAUGGUCUAUUUAAGAAAUUCCUUAAAACAAAGUCUACCUACAACCAUGCAAAAUUUAAAAAUUACAGGAACAAACUGAGUCAUCUAAUUAAAUUAAGUAAGAGAAAUUAGUAUUAGUAUUAGUAUUGAUUUAGGAUCAGUUAUUUCUCAAUUUUCCAAAACUAUUUAGCUGACAAAUUGAAUCACCUGUGGGUUAAUAUAAACAAUUUGUUUAAUUCCUCACUAGACUCGUUUGCCAUUAUUUUCAUGAAUUGAAAAUUCAUGGAAUUCAGGUUUUUCUCAGACAAACCUAAGUAAUCAUGGGCCUAUUUCUCUUUUAUCAAUAUUUGAUAAGUUGUGAGAAAAACUUAUGUUCAAUUGGUUAGUUGACUUCUUAGACUAACAGCACCUAAUUUAUAACAAGCAAUUUGGAUUUCGCUCACAUCAUUCAACUGAUCAUGCAGUACUAAGUAUUAUUGACCAGGCCACAGUUGUUCAAAGGUUGGGUAACGCUAUCCACUGGAUAAAUUGCUACCCGGUGGAUACUGCAGUAUAUUUUCCUGACAGUUAUCCGCUAGUGAUUUGUCUGUUGGAUAGCAUUACCCAUACUUUGAACAACUGGGCUAAGGUGCAAAAAGCUUUUGAGGAUCGUGUUACUCUUGCAGAAUAUUCCUAGACUUCAGCAAAGCAUUUGAUGUUGUUAUCCACAAAAUUCUGGUCACAAAGCUUGAAUGUUAUCAGAGGGGUUGUUUAAGACUAGUUUAGCUCAUAUCUGAGUAACAGAACACAGAUGGUAUCACUUGGUUCCAUUAUUUCUGACACGAAAACAGUAUUUUGUGGGGUGCCUCAAGGAUCAAUACUAGAGCCACUUCUUUUCCUUAUUUAUAGAAAUGACUUUCAGAAAUUGCUUAAAACUAUUGGACUUUCACCUUUCUGCAGAGUAUGAAAAUUUUUUAUCAAGCAUGAGGACCUCAACAUACUUGAAAGUGAAAUUAACAGUGAACUUGGAAAAGUACAUAUUUGGCUAUCUGCAAAUACCGGUAAGCUUUCAAUAAAUAUUUAAAAGUCAAAUUUUGUUAUUUUUCAUCCAGUACAAAAUCAAAUUCCCAAAAAGGUUAUGCUAUCUAUAAAUAAUCAAUCAUUGACUGAAGAAACUUCCAUUUGAUACCUUGGAGUUUAUAUAGAUUCAAGUAUUAGUUGGAAGAGCCACAUUAACUUUAUUGCUGAAAAAUAAAAAGAAGUAUAGGUAUUCUCUCUAAUCUUUUCUAUUUCUUGAACACAAAAAAAUUGUAAAGCCUGUAUUGCAUCUUAAUAGAGCCAUUCUUAAGUUACUGUGUAAUUACUUGGGGUAAUGCAUAUCAGACAACUAUGCAACAGGUCUUUAUUUACAUUACAGAAGAAAACUAUAUAGGAAUAAUUACCAUUUCACUGAACACUCAAGUCCUUUAUUAAAACACUUGAAUGUUAUCAAGCUGUGUGGUACUAUAACCCUUUAACUUGCUGUGUUUAUGUAUAGGUUCCAUUACCAACUUUUACUUUCAGUCUUUAAUACCUUUUUAAUCUUGAUAGGAACAUACUAAGAUAUAACACUAGGUUGUCCUCCAGGAUGACUUGUGCUAUUCCAAAAGCCACAACAAAGUAUAGAAUUUUCAACAUAAUGUUCCAGGGUGCUAAGGUCUGGAAUGAUAUAAGUGAUGACAUAAAGUUUCUCUCUUUCAAACGCUUUAAGAGAAAGUUUAAGUCAAUUCUUAUUGCUAAAUGUUAAUAAGAGGUUUUUCAAAAAAAAUAUUUUUUCUGGCUUUCUGUUGUUUAAUUAGCAGCAGCCUAAAGGGGCUCACUAUUGUCUGACUUCUAAUUGACCUUCAACAAACACAUUAAUAAGCUACUAUGGAUAUUUAACCAUUGUAUCUGCUGAAGCUGUUUGUAACGCUCUUGAUCCAAAAUUUGUUACCAGAAGUUUUAAAAGUUGUAAAAUAUGCUGUUUACCUUUCCUAUUUCAUACUUUUCUAUGAAAAUAUAACUGCAAGGUCAUGCAUACAUGACACUCAGCAUUGCAUUAGUAUGUGCAACAGGACAAAGAAAAAUUAUUUGAUGUCACUGCAACACUAAGGUAAAGUAGGCUAUACUGCUAAUUCCAGUAACUCGAAAUGCAUGUUUCAAUAUCUAUGCUCAUAUUUUCUUCCUGAGUUUGCAGUCAAGAUUAUCAAACACUUAAUACAUGAAUGGUGGUUUAAUUUGCCAAUUGUUACACCUGACUGAACAUAACUUGAAAGUCUUAACACUGGGGUACCUGAAGUGAGUCAAAGAAUAAAUUGUGUGAGUAAUCAGUUAAUCCUUGGUCACACAAUAAGGAGCUGUUUGGGACCUUAAGCAUCAACAAUGGCAACAAUGAGGUGCUUGAAUGACAAUCCUUGGUCAGUGGUGCAUGCUCAGGGAACUCCAAGUUUAAUUUUACAGAAAGCGACCUUUAAUUGUGAAAUGGUUGCCUUAAAAAAAUUUGAUCACCUUCUAAAACAUGGCUCGUUUGUGUACUCCAGCCUUUUGCUAAGGAAAUGAACUGGGUUAAAACUAAAAGUAAUGUACAUUAAAAAAUUACGCAUUUCUGAUUGGCUGAAAACAAGUGCAUUCUCAUGUAACACAUGUGCAAAGUUGUAACAAAUGAAAAUUACAAAUAGCAUGCAAAAUUUUGUCUGUCUUGCCUUUGUAAUUUUUUUUUCCAUACAAAUUAUUAACAAGUCAUGACAUGGUUUUUCUUGCAAUUUGGUGUAACAAGCACCUGCAAAUUUGGUUAAGAUUACAAAUUGCACUCACAACAAGCUUGUGCCUAUUUUUGUCUUUGAAAAUUUUACAUGUGCUUAUCAACAUCAAAUUGCACACAAAAUCAUUUUAUUACCUAUAUGCAAUAUCAUAACCUGUGAUCAGUAUUACAGUAAGUGCUCAGUUGUACUAUUAUUUGUUCAUUUCUAAACGAUAUGGAGUGGAUUGAAAAACACCAUUUACAGCUCCUCAUGGGGACUCAGAAUUUUUUUCUUUGUCCCACACUCAUGACGAGACAAAAAAUAUCUUACACCACAUACAGCUUUAUGGAGAAGUCCUUGUUAUGGAGCCAUAUUGUUAUCAUCAUCUUGGAAGCAAAGAAAGAGGGGAUGUAUAAAACAAGACAGCAAUUAACCUGACUUAGCAGGGUGUGAAGUCAGUGCAAAAAUGUGCCAAGAGGAAAAUGUGUCUGGGAUCUCUUGUGAAGAAACCAAAGAAAAUCAAGCUCUUGAGGAGAUGAUUGGUAAAGGGAAGGUGUCUGACCACAAAAGCUCUGAGGCCAAGGGAAAAAAAAGGAAGAAAAACAGCUGCAGAGGAACACAGAAAAAGACCCAUGAAAUGUUUACAGCAGACAAGGAAAAGGAAAAUAGAGGAUAUGUUACCUUUCUGCAUUACAUUAUGUCCAUUUAAAAGUAUCUUCUGUUGUCUCCUGGCCUGCAUAUGGGGCAAACAUUGCCAUCUAUGAAACCAAAAUGGUUUUGUAAAGCUGCCCCCCUUUGUAGCUGUAAGCCUGUAGAUCAAAAGGUCUUACAACAGUUGGAUGCUAAGGAGUGAAGCUAUGACCAUGUGUAUCAUUAGAAAAAGUCAACUGGGUGUUUGAAAACCAUGCAGAAACAGGCAAACCAGAUCUCAGUACAAUAUCACAGUAUGUACAAGGGUAGGCUAGUCUUCUGAGCAGGUUACAAAGGCCUUCCAUGCUGUCACAACCCUUUUUUUGAUAGCAUGUGGUAUUUGCGGACCUGAUAUUUGGAGUACUCCAGCAAGAAGUGGUAGGUCUUUUUUCUUGACCUGGCCAAAUGUUCAAAUCCCCUCAUGUUUUUCAGAGACUUUCCUGUAAAGGAUACAUUUUAUUAAACCUUAUCAUGGCCAAGAAGCAGUAGCUUUAGUGAAAAUUGCAAAAAGCCAUUGUUUUACCCUUCAUUUCAGUUUUACAUUUGUUUUUAUCACAUGGGGUGUCUGAAGUCCACAGCAAAUGCAAGCAUCAACCUCACAACACCAUACAUUGCCAUCUUCUUUAUCAUCUCUUUAGUCUACGCUUAACCCUUUAACUCCCAAGAUCUGGAUGUUAAUUCUCUCCUCUAGCUGCUUCACAUUUCCUUGUAAAUUGGUUAUGAGAAUUUGAUGUGAGAUCAAAAGAACAAAUUCAACUUGAUAAGUUUGAAUAUUCUCAUUGCUAGUUUGUUGUUACAGGAAGAAAUUACAUGUUGAUCACUUCUGGAAGUUAAAGGGUUAAGGUCCCUAAAAUUAGUUGUCAGUGGGUAAGGCUAUUGUAGUCUGUGUCCACAGGGGGAUACAUAAUGAUUUUAAAUGGCAUGCUACCUUCAUUGGAUCACUUUUAAUUUGACUUUCUGUUUAGCUUUAUCCAGACAACUUUGCAAAGCGGGAAAUGAUGGAUCAAGGUGUAUUCUGUCGCAUGAAAAAGCAACAAGGCUGUACUUGGAAGGGAAAGCUUGGAAAGUUGGAGGUAUUAGAAUUGUAUGAGCAUAAGUUAUUUUAAUAAUGAAUGUCAUUGUUAGUUAUCAUUGGAAGGGGUUUAUUUUCAAGAUCAAGGAAGUAACCCUAUUUUCAAAAACUUGUGUUUGCCAGAGAUAGAAGUUGUAAUUUAAUUCAGGAGACUGUUUUAACAAGGUGGAGGAGAAUUGUUAAACCUUUUUGUGAAGUACAGUAUGUUAGAAUCAAUAACCAGUGUAUGCCAGUAGCAAGACACAGUUACAUCUACUUUUUGUCUUUUUUUUUUGUUUUUUUUUUUGGUUGUUGUUGUUGCCCACUUACACAGCAUAAUAGUUUCUUUAGGAACCACAUAUACUGAUUCUCAUUUUGAUGGGUAGGAGCAUUUGAACAAUUGUGACUUUGUUGAUGUGAAGUGCCCCAAAGGGUGUGGAAAAGAAAUGCAGAGGAAGGAUCUCAAAGAACAUCUGGAGAAAGACUGUCCAAACAGGACAAUACCUUGUAAACACUGCAAAAAAGACAUAAAGUGGAAUGAACUAGAGGUUUGUCUCACUUGCAAUGGCAGGACAAAGGGGCCUGACCCCUGAUAUUCUGGGAGCUAGACUGAGACCUGCUUUAGCCUUAGCCUUAGCACUGAUAGAGAAGUUGCCUUCUAAAAUGUUUUGUCAGUGAAGAUUACAUCAAUCAACUGAGUGCAGAGAGAAAAUUGAGAUUGAUUUAAUUGCUUUCAUUAUUUUGAGGGGAAGGUGUUGAUUCUCAGAUCACAGAAUAGUUAAAAAUCCCAGCCACAUUGGGCAAACCAACUGGCUAUUUAAUAUAUUGGGCAAGCAAGGAGUUGAACUAGGGGCAACCAAGAACAAGUCCAUAGAGUAGUGGGGAGAAGAAUGUAAACCUCAGGACUGCUAGAUUGCAAACUGAACACCCAGCUCAGCCAUUGUUCAACCAUGCAGCCUUUGCAGUAUCCUGAAAGGUCCAAAACUCGCAACUAUUAUGGUAAUGAUGACAGUCUGAGUUUGACUAGUGUUGAUAUACCAGCUAAAAAGAUGUUUUAAGUUUAUUAGGGAUCCCUAUUACAAUAGUUUUAAUAGUGCCCCAAAAAUUUCAGCAGGGAAAUGUUUGGAAAAAGACAACUUGUAAAUUGACUUACAAGGUUGAAAUUUUCAGACUGUUACUUGUUUCAGUUGACAUGUGAUUAUAACUUAAUUAAUGCAAUUUCUUGAGUCAUUCUCAAAAAUAUUCUCCUUCGUUUUUAGGACCAUUAUGGGGAGUGUCCUAAAUUCCCUGUGAAAUGUGAUAGCUGCAAGAAAGAAAACAUACCAAGAGGAGAGGUGAGUAAAAACGUGAAGAUGAUUAACGCUCUACUAAAUUCAUCUAAGUUCAUUUUGUAGCAACCAGUGUUUUUCUUCAACUCAAAUCUUCUAACUUUCACUCAUUCGCUACAUUUUAUUAUCAGUAUUUCUUUGUCUUGAUUUUUCAGUUGUUAGAAUGGUGACCCUUUUCACUCAAAAACAUUGCUAAUGUCUAUUCCUUCUGCAAUUUUCAUCCCUGAGCUUUUAAAACACAGCUGUAAGCAACCCACCUUCUAAUUGGGCAGAUAUUGGGUGCCAUCCUUGACUUUAAGGUUACUUUCAUCAAAAUCUGGUCAACCUUUUUAAAAUUUCGUCUUUUCGCUCUUCAGUAAGGGAAAGCAAUUAAGUAUAAUUUGUCGAAAACUUUUCAAAAUCUUUAAAAGAACGCGAGAUACGGCCGAAAGAAUGUUUUUGGGAAACCUAUACUGAAUAGCGAAAGGCCUCCAGCAAAGUGUUGACGUUUUUCGUGGGCUUUUGUCCUGCUCUCGCUUUGCAUAUGCUGUUUACAUCGCAUCUUGCACCACACGAGAAAGGGAAAUUUCCGUCACAUGUCGAAAAAUGUCAAGAAAUAAGAUUCUUUAUUAAACAGCCAAAAAGAGAAUAGUCGUGAGAGAGCCUGGGCCGAAGAAAUAGAAGUCAGGGUUUUCUUUUUCCCCCAGCUUCUUUUGCCCACUUUUUCCUUCAGUUUUUGUGGAUGAAUUUUUGGACUUCGUUUAAUCCAUUGUAAAUCCACGAAACAUACUGGGGGGUUCGAUGUCGCGUUUCUUUGGUCAGCGUCUUUACUGCAUUGACGCGGGCUUAAAUGCGAAAACUGUGAAUUUCUUAGGUGGCCGAAAACUUGAGGUAUGCUUUUAUUUGCUUUAUCUCUACUUCAAUGAAUUGAUAGGGUAUGUAGAUUUGUUGGAUUUUCAUGAAAAUUGAUGUGCGUGAGAUCCGUGAAAUUCGAAAUAUUUCUCUCGUGAUGUCCCAGAGCGUGACAACAACCGAAAUAUUUUCUAUCGUCAAACUUCAAAAAAUAUAUUCUCAAGAACCAACAGAAAUAUCGAAAAAGCCUAGCACAUUUUAUUAGCCUAUUACGCACCUAGUGACACUGUAAAGUUUGUUUGGAGGUCCGCGGUAACGCAUUGGCUAGUAAUUAAGUAAACACCGUCGGUUUUGUGUUUAAAAGGCUCGCGCAUGCCUGCCAAAACAAAAACUGAAAAACUUUUGUUAUUUCAUAAUUUAUACUUUGUUAGCUUUACAGUGAUAAAUACUUUUCCAUGGUUUCUUUAAAAGUAGCAGGCGUAGGAAGAUUUUUCCGGAAGGCACCUUAAUUUGUUGAAAGUAACCCUGAACUCCCUAAGCUCCCUCCAUGUUCCCUGUGGACGAACCCCACCUUCGUGUGAAAAUGAGGUAGGCAGAUGUUUGCAACCCCUCCCAAGCCCGCUGCAUUUGACUCUCUCGAACAACAAAGUGUUCACCGACUACCUAAGCUGUGACAGGACGUGAGCAGCGGGCAUGUUUUUGUAAAUCCGUGCAGAACUACAUAUAUGUCAUAAGUAUGUGUUCUUUAGUUUCAAGAACAUUUGGACAAGGAAUGCACUGCAGUGGAAAUGAAAUGUCCUUUCUACUUCGUGGGAUGUUCAUUUGAGGUACGUGGAGCGAAACUGUAACUGUGAUGAUUUCAAGGUCACUGUCUCUUUAAAAACAAAAGUACAUUGAAACCUGUAUCAAGUAGACCCCAUAUUAAGGGGACGUGAACUUAAGUCCAAAUAUUUUCUUCUCUUUUAAAACGAAGAAAGUGAAAUGAAACUGUAUUUAGCACCAUCUUUUUUAUUAUACACAGACACAUGAAUGGGUUUAUUCGUAGAUUUUGACACUUUGCAGGGGUCCGUAGGGUGUCAGUUAAAUACAAUUUUUGCUGUCAACCGUACAAGACAAGGACAUCUACCAACAGACCAUUUUGUCUGUCUCCCACAAAAAUUUCUCCCACACACCGUCAAUCAGUCAUUAAGUCAGUAAGUUAGUUAAUGAGUCAUGAAUAAAGGGGCAAGUCUCUAAAGGAACUGUGGUGGAGCGUCGGUUGGGGAAUUUAACAAGUUACCUUUUUAUCGUAAGCAUCUCUGCGGUCCCAAAUCCUAAAUCCUCGAAUCUGAUUGGCUAAUUCCGCGCACUCAGCGGUGAGGAUUUUCCUAUCCGAAACUUGGGCACGGACCGCUCCGAGUUUUGCAAUCUUAACUUUUAAUCUUUACCCGAGAGAGGCUGAAAGAUGUAAAUAUUGCAAGAAGUGACUCACAAAUGUGGAUUUAGACAACAGAGGCUAUUGAAGCUGAAAAGAGGUUAAAUUUUAAAGAGGUAGAACUGAAAAGAGGUAAAUUUUCGAAGAUAAAUCGUCCUCAUUGAAAAUGAUAAAUACUUUCCGUAAGAUUGCUGACUCUUUAAAAAAAGAUCGUCGUCAUAAUAAUUUAACUCGAGUUUGUACUGUUUGUCCAUUCAGAAGUGUACAUGCGCUUUUGUUUACACUCUAUAAUUGACAAGUGUCGGAUUGCAACAAAUACUUCUGAAAAAAAUGUUUCAAAAUUUGUUUGGAAACCUUUUAAAUCACCUUUACAAUUUCGCAAAUAACAAUGAUUCGGUGAAGGCUUUCUCUAUAAUUUGCAUCAAAACUGUUCUCUCUACCAUCUAUUUGUCAAAAAAAUUGCUAAGUCUAUGGAGGAUCUUGCCGUAAUUACAGCCCUCAAUAAUUUGGGUUCCUUUGGCAAGUAUUUCGUUAGGUUUUAGAUAAAAUAGAUAUAUAUCUUAUUCACUAGCCCAGGUCGGUCCGUAUUGGGAAAAAAUGUGCCCUCUGUCUUGAGUACAAAAUGGACCUUCUGGCUGGCGAAUAACUUAUACCCGGUAUAUAAUGUGGUUUUAUCAAGUGAGUUGAUGAUGCAAAUUUGCCCCCGUAAAUGGUUUCAAGGCUGACGUUUCGAACGUUAGCCCUUCUUUAGAGCGAAUGGAAGAAUUGUGGGUAGUGUGUGAUUAUAUGCAGAAAAUGGAGCUACGCUAUUGGUAAGAACAUGUCAUUAAGGAAAGCACGAAUGAAUUAGUUGAAUUAAAACUGCUUGUUGAUAUCGUUGGGAUUAAGAGUGCCUAUUUGAAAGAUAAAUUAUUUUUUUCUAGAGUUUUGCGACUUUCCGAAAUGCCUAGAUGUAUGGAAAGGCCGCGAAUUGCUAUAUGCUGCUUAGGAUGAUUAGAGAGAUUAAAUUGACCAGUGACUGGUUUGGAUGCGUUCUUUUCAUUCCUUUCUAUGUUGCGAAGGUGUUGGAAUUGUUCACCAAGUCGUCGUCUUGUUUCACCUGUUCAUAUAUAUAUAUAUAUAUAUAUAAUUUUUUUUUUUAUCUUAAUGAAAUAAUGAGUCAGUCUGUGGCUCAGUCAGUCAACUAUUCAGCUGGUCAGCUAGCCAUUCAGCCUGUCAAUCAGUUAGUCAGUCAGUCUACCAGUCAGUCAGUUAGUCAGUCGGUCAGUUUGUCAGUUUGUCAGUUAUUCAUAUAGUCAGUCAACCAGUCAGCCAAUCAGUUAGCUGGUAACUUAGUCUACCAAAUUGUAUGUCCUUCAUCCAUUAAUCGAGUGAUUAAUCGAUUGCAUUUGAUAUUCUGACAUGUAGCUGAAGUAUGGUGGAUUAUUUAUGAUUGAUAAGUCACUUCUCAUUAACCGAAACCUCACGCUGUCUUGUGCUCUUGAACUUCUUGACUCCUGAUUUCCUGUCUUCCAGUACUGACCAAGGGAAAUUUUCGAAUUUGUUAGGGUAAGCGGUUAGCAGUCGUUGCACAUGUUACCAAGGAGAUAGCAACCCACACAAUGGAUAUGGCCAAGAAAUUUGGUGAGCUGAUGGCUACUGGGUCUGGCAGUAAUAACAUGGGGGAACAGGGGAAUGGAGGUGGUGCAAGGCGAUCCAGAGGUGGGGCGCAGGCUUUUCCUCGAGAACAGGCGAGUCAAGAAGGAUAUCUGCAUGAUUUGUCUAGCAGGACUCAAACUCAGCGCGAGGAGCUGGACGAAUUGAGGAGCAAGGUAGCUGAGUUAAACAAUAUAAUACAUCAUAUGGAGAGGCAGCUGGAGGAGACUCGUAUGAGACAGGAAAGGCCGAUCCAAGAGUUGACCCUAAGGUAUGCGUCAAAUGACAAUGGGAGAUAACUAAAUGAUCGAAAAAUAAGGACAACAUACAAUGUGUGCGAUACCAAUGUAACAACGAACCGGAAGGCUUCGUGAGACAAAGGCGCAGGUGCGAUUAUUGAGCAGUUCAAGUCUGUCAGAUGUGUUCCUGAAGGAAGUCUGGGAGGAAUUAACAAUCGGAGAACAGAGAAAACUAUAAGUGCGCGAGAUACUAAUGUAACAAUUGGACAACAGAGAAAACUAUAAGUGCGCGAGAUACUAAUGUAACAAUCGGACAACAGAGAAAACUAUAAGUGCGCGAGGUACUAAUGUAACAAUCGGACAACAGAGAAAACUAUAAGUGCGCGAGGUACUAAUGUAACAAUUGGACAACAGAGAAAACUAUAAGUGCGCGAGAUACUAAUGUAACAAUCGGACAACAGAGAAAACUAUAAGUGCGCGAGAUACUAAUGUAACAAUCGGACAACAGAGAAAACUAUAAGUGCGCGAGGUACUAAUGUAACAAUUGGACAACAGAGAAAACUAUAAGUGCGCGAGAUACUAAUGUAACAAUUGGACAACAGAGAAAACUAUAAGUGCGCGAGAUACUAAUGUAACAAUCGGACAACAGAGAAAACUAUAAGUGCGCGAGAUACUAAUGUAACAAUUGGACAACAGAGAAAACUAUAAGUGCGCGAGAUACUAAUGUAACAAUCGGACAACAGAGAAAACUAUAAGUGCGCGAGAUACUAAUGUAACAAUCGGACAACAGCGAAAACUUUAAGUGCGCGAGAUACUAAUGUAACAAUCGGACAACAGCGAAAACUUUAAGUGCACGAGAUACUUAUGAAACAAUUGGACAACAGUGAAAACUUUAAGUGCGCGAGAUACUUAUGAAACAAUUGGACAACAGCGAAAACUUUAAGUGCGCGAGAUACUAAUGUAACAAUCGGACAGCAGCGAAAACUUUAAGUGCGCGAGAUACUUAUGUAACAAUUGGACAACAGCGAAAACUUUAAGUGCGCGAGAUACUAAUGUAACAAUCAGACAACAGAGAAAACUAUAAGUCCGCGAGAUACUUAUGUAACAACUGGACAGCGGCGAAAACUUUAAGCGCGCGAGAUACUAAUGUAACAAUCGGACAACAGAGAAAACUAUAAGUGUGCAAGGUACUAAGGAAACAAUCGGAUAACAGCGAAAACUUUAAGUGCGCGAGAUGCCAGUGAAACAAUCGAACAACAGCGAAAACUUUACGUGCGCGACUUUUUAAUGUUAUCAAUCGGACACCAGCGAAAAACUUCUUGCGCAUUUAAUACUUAUGUAACAAUCGGACAACAGUGAAAACUUUAAGAAAUACUAAUGUAACAAUUGGACAACAGCGAAAACUUUAAGUGCAUAAAAAAUUUUUCGCUGUGUCCGAGAUAUUAUGUAGCAAUCAGACAGCAGCGAAAACUUUAAGUGCGCGAGAUACUAAUGUAACAAUUGGACAACAGAGAAAACUUUAAGUGCGCGAGGUGCUUAUGUAACAAUCGGACAACAGAGAAAACUAUAAGUGCGCGAGGUACUAAUGUAACAAUCGGACAACAGAGAAAACUAUAAGUGCGCGAGGUACUAAUGUAACAAUUGGACAACAGAGAAAACUUUAAGUGCGCGAGAUACUAGUGUAACAAUUGGACAACAGAGAAAACUUUAAGUGCGCGAGAUACUAAUGUAACAAUCGGACAACAGAGAAAACUAUAAGUGCGCGAGAUACUAAUGUAACAAUUGGACAACAGAGAAAACUUUAAGUGCGCGAGAUACUAAUGACAACAAUCGGACAACAGAGAAAACUAUAAGUGCGCGAGAUACUAAUGUAACAAUCGGACAACAGAGAAAACUAUAAGUGCGCGAGAUACUAAUGUAACAAUUGGAAUCGGACAACAGAGAAAACUAUAAGUGCACGAGGUACUAAUGUAACAAUCGGACAACAGAGAAAACUAUAAGUGCGCGAGGUACUAAUGUAACAAUCGGACAACAGAGAAAACUAUAAGUGCGCGAGAUACUAAUGUAACAAUCGGACAACAGAGAAAACUUUAAGUGCGCGAGAUACUAAUGUAACAAUCGGACAACAGAGAAAACUAUAAGUGCGCGAGAUACUAAUGUAACAAUUGGACAACAGAGAAAACUAUAAGUGCGCGAGGUACUAAUGUAACAAUCGGACAACAGAGAAAACUAUAAGUGCGCGAGAUACUAAUGUAACAAUCGGACAACAGAGAAAACUAUAAGUGCGCGAGAUACUAAUGUAACAAUCGGACAACAGAGAAAACUAUAAGUGCGCGAGAUACUAAUGUAACAAUUGGACAACAGAGAAAACUUUAAGUUCGCGAGAUACUAAUGUAACAAUCGGACAACAGAGAAAACUAUAAGUACGCGAGGUACUAAUGUAACAAUCGGAGAACAGAGAAAACUAUAAGUGCGCGAGAUACUAAUGUAACAAUCGGACAACAGAGAAAACUAUAAGUGCGCGAGAUACUAAUGUAACAAUCGGACAACAGAGAAAACUAUAAGUGCGCGAGGUACUAAUGUAACAAUUGGACAACAGAGAAAACUAUAAGUGCGCGAGAUACUAAUGUAACAAUUGGACAACAGAGAAAACUAUAAGUGCGCGAGAUACUAAUGUAACAAUUGGACAACAGAGAAAACUUUAAGUGCGCGAGAUACUAAUGUAACAAUUGGACAACAGAGAAAACUAUAAGUGUGCGAGAUACUAAUGUAACAAUCGGACAACAGAGAAAACUAUAAGUGCGCGAGAUACUAAUGUAACAAUUGGACAACAGUGAAAACUUUAAGUGCGCGAGAUACUAAGGUAACAAUUGGACAGCAGCGAAAUUUCUAAGUGCACGAGAUACUAAUGUAACAAUUGGAUAACAGCGAAAACUUUAAGUGUGCGAGAUACUAAUGUAACAAUCGGACAACAGCGAAAACUUUAAGUGCGCGAGAUACUAAUGUAACAAUCGGACAACAGCGAAAACUUUAAGUGCGCGAGAUACUUAUGUAACAAUUGGACAACAGCGAAAACUUUAAGUGCGCGAGAUACUAAGGUAACAAUUGGACAACAGCGAAAACUAUAAGUGCGCGAGAUACUAAUGUAACAAUUGGACAACAGAGAAAACUUUAAGUGCGCGAGAUACUAAUGUAACAAUUGGACAACAGAGAAAACUUUAAGUGCGCGAGAUACUAAUGUAACAAUCGGACAACAGCGAAAACUAUAAGUGCGCGAGAUACUAAUGUAACAAUUGGACAACAGAGAAAACUAUAAGUGCGCGAGAUACUAAUGUAACAAUCGGACAACAGAGAAAACUAUAAGUGCGCGAGAUACUAAUGUAACAAUUGGACAACAGAGAAAACUAUAAGUGCGCGAGAUACUAAUGUAACAAUCGGACAACAGAGAAAACUAUAAGUGUGCGAGGUACUAAUGUAACAAUUGGACAACAGAGAAAACUUUAAGUGCGCGAGGUGCUUAUGUAACAAUCGGACAACAGAGAAAACUAUAAGUGCGCGAGGUACUAAUGUAACAAUCGGAUAACAGAGAAAACUUUAAGUGCGCGAGAUACUAAUGUAACAAUCGGACAACAGAGAAAACUAUAAGUGCGCGAGAUACUAAUGUAACAAUUGGACAACAGAGAAAACUUUAAGUGCGCGAGAUACUAAUGUAACAAUUGGACAACAGAGAAAACUAUAAGUGCGCGAGAUACUAAUGUAACAAUCGGACAACAGAGAAAACUAUAAGUGCGCGAGAUACUAAUGUAACAAUUGGACAACAGAGAAAACUUUAAGUGCGCGAGAUACUAAUGUAACAAUUGGACAACAGAGAAAACUUUAAGUGCGCGAGAUACUAAUGUAACAAUCGGACAACAGAGAAAACUAUAAGUGCGCGAGAUACUAAUGUAACAAUUGGACAACAGAGAAAACUAUAAGUGCGCGAGAUACUAAUGUAACAAUUGGACAACAGAGAAAACUUUAAGUGCGCGAGAUACUAAUGUAACAAUCGGACAACAACGAAAACUAUAAGUGCGCGAGAUACUAAUGUAACAAUUGGACAACAGAGAAAACUUUUAGUGCGCGAGAUACUAAUGUAACAAUUGGACAACAGAGAAAACUUUAAGUGCGCGAGAUACUAAUGUAACAAUCGGACAACAGAGAAAACUAUAAGUGCGCGAGGUACUAAUGUAGCAAUCGGACAACAGAGAAAACUAUAAGUGCGCGAGAUACUAAUGUAACAAUUGGACAACAGAGAAAACUAUAAGUGCGCGAGGUACUAAUGUAACAAUUGGACAACAGAGAAAACUUUAAGUGCGUGAGAUACUAAUGUAACAAUUGGACAACAGAGAAAACUUUAAAUGCGCGAGAUAUUAAUGUAACAAUUGGAGAACAGCGAAAACUAUAAGUGCGCGAGAUACUAAUGUAACAAUUGGACAACAGAGAAAACUAUAAGUGCGCGAGAUACUAAUGUAACAAUCGGACAACAGAGAAAACUAUAAGUGCGCGAGAUACUAAUGUAACAAUCGGACAACAGAGAAAACUAUAAGUGCGCGAGAUACUAAUGUAACAAUUGGACAACAGAGAAAACUAUAAGUGCGCGAGGUACUAAUGUAACAAUCGGACAACAGAGAAAACUUUAAGUGCGCGAGAUACUAAUGUAACAAUCGGACAACAGAGAAAACUAUAAGUGCGCGAGAUACUAAUGUAACAAUCGGACAACAGAGAAAACUAUAAGUGCGCGAGAUACUAAUGUAACAAUUGGACAACAGAGAAAACUAUAAGUGCGCGAGAUACUAAUGUAACAAUCGGACAACAGAGAAAACUUUAAGUGCGCGAGAUACUAAUGUAACAAUCGGACAACAGAGAAAACUUUAAGUGCGCGAGAUACUAAUGUAACAAUCGGACAACAGAGAAAACUAUAAGUGCGCGAGAUACUAAUGUAACAAUCGGAAAACAGCGAAAACUUUAAGUGUGCGAGAUACUAAUGUUACAAUCGGACAACAGCGAAAACUUAAUCUGUCGAGGAUUCUUGACAGCUUAUCUUUUUGAUUGGAGUUAAAUGCAAUUUAAGGUAGUUAACAACAAAGAGCAUUAGCGUUCUUUAGUAGUCAGCGGUUUUGCAUAUGCCUAUGUGUCUGAAUUCCGUGUGCUCUUUGUUUGAGGCGUUCGUUUGUGUGCUUUGAGCGUGAACUUGCGGCGUUGUGAGGAAUGCCAACUCAUCAUUCAGUUAGUUUUUCCCACCCCUUCCCUCCCUCUGUCCACUGCUUUCUACUGACGGGUGCCUGUUUCCCUUACCUGAGUGGGGGCUCAUGGCUGGGUUGCGAGGAUUUGCCAGCCAUUGGAGAAGUCUCCAUCUAGGAGCUGGCUGCCAAUAGUGGAAGCUCCUGGAUGUUUCAGGCAUCCAACCUCCACUUAGCGAUGCAGUUGUUAACGUCGUGAUUUUAAACCCGUUUACUUUGGUGUGUGGGCAUCUAGCAAUUCGACUGCAUGAAAAAUCUUCAAAAAGCCCUUUUCAAAGAAUUUCGAGUGGUGACUUCUCACUUGAAUCUCGAAAGGGUAUGAGGUCGUUCUCGCCGCCCCUGAGCUGAACCUUCUAGUCUCCUUAGAAAAAUUUCUCGAGCGGCUAAGAAUGUCAGCCAGUAAAUCCUAAACUUCUACCAUUUAUAUUCAGUGAUAGAAAUCAUGUUGAAACGUGGUCAUAUUACUUACACGUUCACUCGUCGAGGGUUACAUUUUUACUAAUUUAGAAGCUGUCUACGUUUCCCACCAUUAUCUAAGUGAGCCAUCGCGGGAAAUUAUAAUAUGGUUAAGUAUGUUUGAUAUCGCGUGCUCUGGUUGGCUAAGAGCUUGAGCACAGUAAGUGUUGGUAACCACUCGAUAACCAAGUGUGAGGUUGUUACGGGAAAAUAUCAAACUCAGGACUUGCCACAUUCACUAAGUAACUAGACGAUCGCGGUUAUUAGGAUUUUUAAUAUAGGGCUAACCUAAGGUAAAUACGGCAGACCUCAUUUGGAGAUUUUCUCAAGAAAGGGAAAAUUCUUGUCGCUCGUGUCAAGGCAAAGCCUACUUAGUGCUGCAAGGUCCCCACAACCCCACCCACCCAUUAUCCCCAAAAUAUGACUCUUUUGAGAUUUUGACAUACUAGUGCCUAAUAUAGAAUUCUUGUUAUUUCAUCAGAUUCAACCGAUAUGAAACAAAAUUGUCAGAAGUUGAGGGGCGUUUGUGUAACGGAUCAUAUAUUUGGAAGAUCGAUAACUACCGACAGUGCCGCCAAGAUGCUCUUAGUGGGGUGAUGACAGCAAUUCACAGCCCGUCCUUCCACACCAGUCUUUACGGCUAUAAAUUGUGUAUGAGGAUCAACUUAAACGGUGUGGAUAGCGGUGUUGGAAAACACGUGGCGCUGUUUGUUCAUAUGAUGCAGGGAGAUUAUGACAGCAUUCUGGAAUGGCCCUUUACGGGAAGAAUUGCGCUGUCCAUUUUGGAUCAGUCUGAUGGCGCUGAAUACCGUCACCACAUCAGUGAGACCCUGGUGGCUCAAGCCUAA